AUGGGAUCCAUUGCGAUUGAGAAUACACCGGCAGCGCGCCAUUUCCCUUCAGGAAUUCAUGUUCCCUCUUUAACAUGGUUCAAGGACGAUGAGGUGCAGAGCCUUGAUUGGGACGUUCAAGAACAACACCUCAAAUUUCUUGUCGACAGUGGAUUGCACGGAAUUGUCAUUGCAGGCACCAACGGCGAAGCUGCGGCACUUACCAGAGACGAGAAAUUGGAGCUGGUCCGCCGAACACGCUCUAUAGCUCAGUCCCGAGGAAAGCCGCAACUGCCCAUCACGAUGGGUUGCGGCGGCGGCUGCACACGAUUAGUUAUCGAAGAGACAAAAGAUUCCGCGGCGGCAGGGGCAGAUUUCGCCUUGGUUCUUGUUCCAAGCUAUUUUCACUUUGCCAUGGACAGUGAUGCGAUCAUUGAGUUUUUCCUGGAGGUGGCCGACAAAUCGCCAAUUCCGGUGGUAAUUUACAACUACCCAGCAGUGGUCGCUGGCUUGGAAGUGAACAGUUCGAUGUUGGACCGGCUGGGAGACCACCCGAACAUUGUCGGCGUCAAACUAACGUGCGGUGGUAUCGCCAAAGUAGCCCGAGUUGCUGCUAAAUUUGGUGCGGCCUUGGGGACAGAGACAGAGCCAUCCUUCAAGGCACUGGCCGGGCAGAGCGAUUGGCUUGUGCCAGCGCUUGCGGUUGGCGGAGCCGGUUGCAUCACAGGGCUUGCAAAUUUGUAUCCGAAGACGUGCAUUGAGAUGUACAACCUUUGGAAAAGCGGCCAGACGAAGGAAUCCAACCAGCUGCAGGUUGAUAUGUCGGUUUGCGAAAUUGGCUUUGGCCAAGGAGGUAUUAACGGAACGAAAUGGGUUGUUGCGCACUUGAGAGGAUACCCUGAGACUAGUGCGCACUGCCGUCGACCAUACCCGGUGUUUGCAGACGAGAAGAAGAAGGCCUGGGUCCUUUCCACUGUCAAGUUGUGUAGCCACAUUGAGCGAGCGUUUUCGUGA